AUGCCCCAUUCUCCCGUGCACAAAGUGCCUUUUGCCAGCGGUCCCGGACACAUCAUCUCUUUUGACUUUGAAUCUCCACCUGCACCGGAGAGGGUGGCUAUUCGAAGGGCGCCCAUUCCUUCCCGAGCCUCUCGUACUUCUCGGGUAAUACGACAAAGCUCUGAGAGCUCUUCCCACUCUGUUGAGCCUACCCGUCCGAUCUCUAGUGGGAAAAGACUUUAUCGGCCGACUGCAAAGAGGACCAGACGCGCAGCCCGGAAUGCUGACAAGUCCAGGCCGACGUCGAGGACGAGCCCGAAUCGCAGCAAAACAGAGAGUGUCAUUGGUGGAGCUCUCCAGCUCGACCUACAGGGAGCCAGUCUUCCCAGUGUUGUUACCCCAGAAUGCCUUGAUCGUCCGCCCGCUGCUGUCAGACCACUGUCUGCCUCUCAGUCUGUCGAUCAUGCAGUUGAAUCUAACGCUCCCGAAGACAGCGGUAGUAACACUGAUACCGAUCUCAACUGUACUAUCAGCUCUGCUACGUCGGUUGACAUGACUGUACCCUCUAUCCCACGCUUACCCUAUGAUUCUAAAAGGUGUGAGCGUGGCGAAGACAUGAUCGAAUUGAUGGAGGUGGUCCUCACGGAUGACGAGAGUGCUACGCUCGAAGCUGCUACACCUCUGCUCGAGCAGGAAGAUCUCUCAGCCCCGCCUCCUAGCACGGAUGGUCACGAUGACGUUGAAGAGGUCGUUACUCCUGUCAUACAGGACCUCUUCAUGGAAGGCGACGCCCCCGAGCUUCAGAUGCUUCCCUCUCCAGACCACAUCCAAAGUCCCCAUGCCGACGCCUUGUUUGGGUCGGAGACUUGCCUUCAGCUGCAGUCAACCUUUCGCUUCGAAGAUGCCGUGGGUGGACGCGAAUUCUCCUUCCAGCAGGCCGAGGGUGACUUGCUCGACCUUCUCACCGAUAUGGCCAACAGAUACUCUAGUCGCAUCUUCACCCGUGGCUCUGUGGCCUCUACAUCCUUCAGCAGCUGUCAAGAGCCACUCUCGCGUAUGUCUGGAGACUUGUCGCUCUACGUCACACAGGAAAAGGCGGAGAACGACCUCAUCAAUCUUCUUGAAGCCAUAGAUCAGCCUCGGCCGCCUUCCACGCGGUCCAUGAUGUCAGCCGCUGUGUUCAGCCACAGAGCUCAGUCGUCCUUCGAUGCUGCUGAGGAGAGUCUGCUUUAUUGUCUCGAAGACAUGUGCGAUAGGGUGGUCAAGUCCAAGGGCAAUGAUGAGACCGGAUUUCUCCCGGCCACGUUCGCAGAGGCGGAAGCCGACUUGCUGUCCAUGUUGGUGGCAAUGGACCCGAACCCUCUCGCGCUUGUCACACAAGAUAUCAUGCAGAUACCCCGCUCAGACAGUACGGGGCCUGUUUCUAUCGGAGUACACACUCCCAUGAGAGGGCAAGAGUCACUUCCCAUUGAACAGCAUUGGUCUUCUGUCAAUGACAAGACUUUAACGACGCUGUCCGAUAUCGCUUCAGCACCAGAGCAGCCCAGCACUGUUCUUGGUGAAAAGCAGGUCGCUGGUAACGACACGUCGCUGACCGAAGACUUUCUCAACAUUGGUAUGGAACUCCUAGAGGAUCAGAGCGAGCCCAUCCCAGAACCUUCAGCAUUGACUUCCGUAGCUUCUUCCUCCGUCGCUGCAGAACGAAGCCUGGAGCAGCCCGAUUUGCUUGCUUCUGCAAGAGUCUUGCUCGAGCGCAUCCGCACCCAUCAUGUGCAUGUGCACAGCAAGAGUGUCGGCAAUCUGUUUCGGGAGACUAGUACUGAACACCCCGCCAACGUCCGAGGGGACAUCUGGCAGACCACUCCAGAGUCGUCUGAUGUCCUGCGAAGCCCUGCCAGCUGUUAUCUUACCAUCACCAGGCCGUCCCCUGCUAGCCUACUCGACAACACUAUCGGCCCCAGUCAGACUACCCCUGAGAAACGAGCAGGAGACAAGGAGGUGUUCUUUGCAAGUAAGAUUGACGAACUUUUUGGGGCGCAUGGCGGCGGUCAAGGAAAUCUGAGGUAUAGAAAGCUCCAUGGAGAUGUAUUUGAUGAGCUGGAUGGCGGAAUGGGUAAUUUGUUUGGGGACCAUGAGUCCUGGAUGAGCCACGACCAACUUGAUGACGAUAGCGAUAGCGAAGUAUUUUAG